AUGGCUCCCUCAAUACCAACCUCGACGGCAGAGCUGCCUUCGGUCGAGACGGUGAAAGAAGAGGUCAAAGAGACGGUCAAGUCGGCGACCUCGUCUGCCCGAGAUUUCGCGGCCGGCGGCGUCGGUGGUGUCUUCGCCGUCAUUGUCGGCCACCCGUUCGACCUGUGCAAGGUGCGGCUGCAGACCGCAGAAAAGGGCACCUACACGGGCGCGAUUGACUGUGUGAAGAAGGGCAUAGCGCGCGAAGGUCUACGGAGGGGUCUCUAUGCGGGUGUUUCUGCGCCUCUCGUGGGCGUGACACCCAUGUUUGCCGUGAGCUUCUGGGGCUACGGCGUGGGCAAGAAGCUCGUCGAGGCUACGAGCGACGUGGAAUACAAGAACAACACGCCGCAAUACAGCAUUGGCCAAGUCUCGGCUGCCGGCUUCUUCUCUGCCAUACCCAUGACUGCCAUCACUGCGCCGUUUGAGCGUGUCAAAGUGCUGCUUCAAAUUCAAGGUCAGAAGGAGCUCAAACCUGGCGAGAAGCCCAAAUAUGCCGGCGGCGUCGACGUGGUACGGCAACUGUACCGAGAAGGCGGCAUCCGGUCCGUGUUCCGUGGUAGCGCUAUGACUCUUGCGCGUGAUGGUCCUGGCUCAGCAGCUUAUUUCGCGACCUACGAAUACAUCAAGCGAUCACUGUCACCCAAAGACGCAAAUGGCAAUGCCACAGGCGAGUUGUCUCUUACGGCCGUCAUGACCGCCGGUGGUGCAGCUGGUAUUGCCAUGUGGAUCCCAGUCUUCCCCGUCGACACGGUCAAGAGCAGGCUGCAGAGCAUGGAAGGCAAUCCCACCAUAUCCGGCGUCAUCAGUGGUGUCUACAGGAGUGGUGGCAUCAAAGCUUUCUUCCCAGGGUUUGGGCCAGCUCUCGCGAGAGCAGUGCCUGCCAACGCCGCCACGUUCUUGGGCGUCGAACUUGCUCAUAAAUUCAUGAAGCAGUUAUUGGGAUAG